GUCUGGGGCUGAUGCAAUCCUCCAAGAAGACCGAGCGUGUCGUCCGCUUCACCAGCUAUUAAAGACUAACAGCCUUUCUCUGUAACUAACCAAGCCGCCAAGAAACAAGGGACACUCGUAUCUUCGACUUUUAUCAAGAUCACCCAGCUAAUUAUCUGGAGAGAACCUGUGUUUCGCAGACAAAACGAAGCAGAGCAAGCGAGGCGCUCCGUCAUUCAUUCCAAUCCCGGUGACUGUGAAGAUGCCUUUUAUCAGAGCAUUCAGCAAGGUGGCUAAGCAGGCCCUCCUGAGCCCAGGAUGUGGCUGUCAGCCAAUCACAGUGGCCGUACGGACCAUCAGCUUCUCACCUCGCCAGGUCACCUCAGACGCCAGUUUCCACUCCGUGUCCUUCUCCGAGACGGACCACCCCAAGGUGCUCAUCACAGGUGGCCUUGGACAGUUGGGUGUAGGGCUGGCUACAAUGUUGAGGAAGCGGUUCGGAAACAACAACGUGAUCCUGUCGGACAUCAGGAAGCCUCCAAGUCACAUCUUUCACAGCGGACCCUUCAUCUACUCUGACAUCCUGGACUAUAAAAACCUUCGUGAGAUCGUUGUCAACAACCGUAUCACCUGGCUGGUUCAUUACAGUGCCCUGCUCAGUGCCGUGGGAGAGUCCAAUGUCGCUCUGGCACGGGACGUCAACAUCACUGGGCUCCACAACGUCCUGGACAUUGCAGCGGAGCACGGGCUGCGUCUGUUUGUCCCCAGCACCAUCGGAGCUUUCGGGCCCACCUCUCCCCGGAACCCGACCCCUGACCUCUGUGUCCAGAGACCCAGAACCAUCUAUGGGGUCUCCAAAGUCCACGCAGAGCUCAUGGGAGAGUACUACCACCACCGCUACGGUCUUGACUUCCGCUGUCUGCGCUACCCAGGCAUCAUCUCUGCUGACUCGCAGCCUGGAGGAGGAACGACAGACUACGCGGUAGCCAUCUUUCACGACGCCGUAAAGACGGGGAAGUUUGAGUGUAACCUGAAGCCAGACACGCGGCUGCCCAUGAUGUACAUCGACGACUGUCUGCGUGCCACCGUGGAGAUGAUGGAGGCGCCCGCAGACACCCUCUCCAUGAGGACCUAUAACAUCAACGCCAUGAGCUUUUCCCCUGAAGAGCUGGCUCAGGAGGUCCAGAAACAGCUGCCGGACCUGGAGGUCACCUACGACAUCGACCAAGUCAGACAGGCCAUCGCCGACAGCUGGCCAAUGAACUUUGACGACUCUAACGCGCGGAACGACUGGGGCUGGAAACACGAUUACGACCUCCCGGAGCUCGUCCAGACCAUGCUCAACUACAUCGGCUCAGACUCGCGCAUCGCAAAGGCUAACUGAGGGGGCCAGAGGUGGCGUGAUGCUGGGUGGCGUGAUGCUGGGUGGGGUGAUGCUGGGUGACGUGAUGCUGGAUGGGGUUAUGCUGGGUGGGGUGAUGGAGCAGUGUUUCUUUGUACAUACUGUAAAGACUGUUGUUUUAUAGGAGGGAGACACUUGGUGUGUAAAUAGUCGUUUUGUCAUUUGGAAGGGCUCUCAUUCUGUCUGUGUGUCUCGGUGUCUGUCUGUGUGUCUCGGUGUCUGUCUGUGUGUCUCGGUGUCUGUCUGUGUGUCUCGGGGUCUGUCUGUGUGUCUCGGGGUCUGUCUGUCUGUCUCGGUGUCUGUCUGUGUGUCUCGGUGUCUGUCUGUGUGUCUCGGUGUCUGUCUGUGUGUCUCGGGGUCUGUCUCUGUCUCAGUGUCUGUCUGAACAAGUUACUAGAACGUGGUUGCGUGAGAAGUAGCAGGCCGAUUCCCCUCCUCUCUCUCCCUCUCUCCCUCCCUCCCUCUCCCUCCUCCCUCUCAGGAAGGAGGAGAGGUUGACUCCAUAGGGUUGACUCCAUAGGGUUGACUCCAUAGGGUUGACUCCAUAGGGUUGACUCCAUGGGGUUGACUCCAUAGGGUUGACUCCAUAGAGUUGACUCCAUGGGGUUGACUCCAUGGGGUUGACUCCAUAGGGUUGACUCCAUGGGGUUGACUCCAUGGGGUUGACUCCAUGGGGUUGACUCCAUAGAGUUGACUCCAUAGGGUUGACUCCAUGGGGUUGACUCCAUAGGGUUGACUCCAUAGGGUUGACUCCAUGGGGUUGACUCCAUAGGGUUGACUCCAUAGGGUUGACUCCAUAGGGUUGACUCCAUAGGGUUGACUCCAUAGGGUUGACUCCAUGGGGUUGACUCCAUAGGGUUGACUCCAUGGGGUUGACUCCAUAGGGUUGACUCCAUAGGGUUGACUCCAUGGGGUUGACUCCAUAGGGUUGACUCCAUGGGGUUGACUCCAUAGGGUUGACUCCAUAGAGUUGACUCCAUAGGGUUGACUCCAUGGGGUUGACUCCAAGAAUCCUUCUUCUCUCUGUGGGAGAGCUGAUGUUAUAAAGGUCACCUCUGCAUAUGUAAAGCUAUUGCAAAGGGGUUCACUGUUGUAGAAGUAUUUCUCAGCCAAAAGCUGAGAAUUCAGGUUUCAAAAGGUCCUACAUUUACAGUCAUAAUCACACAAGUUUUAGAUUGGAGAGGUUUAUUUAAUAUAAGCGGUGUUUGAUGCACUUUAGAGUAAGAGAGGAAAAUUAUUUUUAAACCCUUUAGAAAAUCAUCAAACAUACAUUGAGGUGUGGAGGAACACAUCGAGUACAAGGUGUUUUCUGCCCACUGAUUCUACAUUCUGUCUGCUGGGAACCACGGACUGGGCACCACGGACUGGGCACCACGGACUGGGAACCACGGACUGGGAACCACGGACUGGGAACCACUGACUGGGAACCACGGACUGGGAACCACGGACUGGGCACCACGGACUGGGCACCACGGACUGGGCACCACGGACUGGGAACCACGGACUGGGCACCACGGACUGGGAACCACUGACUGGGAACCACGGACUGGGAACCACGGACUGGGAGUCACGGACUGGGCACCACGGACUGGGAACCACUGACUGGGAACCACGGACUGGGAACCACGGACUGGGAGUCAUGGUGACUCCAUGUGUUUCUGGCACUUGUAUGUAAAGUGUGAAUGAAUAGACCUCCGUUCCUCUGGAAUCCUUUGGUUGUAUCUCAAAUGGCACCCUAUUCCCUAUAUAUUGGCACCCUAUUCCCUAUAUGAUGGCACCCUAUUCCCUAUAUGGUGGCACCCUAUUCCCUAUAUGAUGGCAUCCUAUUCCCUAUAUAGUGGUACCCUAUUCCCUAUAUGAUGGCACCCUAUUCCCUAUAUGAUGACACCCUAUUCCCUAUACGGUGGCACCCUAUUCCCUAUAUGAUGGCACCCUAUUCCCUAUAUGAUGGCAUCCUAUUCCCUAUAUAGUGGCACCCUAUUCCCUAUAUGAUGGCACCCUAUUCCCUAUAUGAUGGCACCCUAUUCCCUAUAUGGUGGCACCCUAUUCCCUAUAUAGUGGUACCCUAUUCCCUAUAUGAUGGCACCCUAUUCCCUAUAUAGUGGUACCCUAUUCCCUAUAUGAUGGCACCCUAUUCCCUAUAUGAUGGCACCCUAUUCCCUAUAUGAUGGCAUCCUAUUCCCUAUAUAGUGGCACCCUAUUCCCUAUAUGAUGGCACCCUAUUCCCUAUAUGAUGGCACCUAUUCCCUAUAUGGUGGCACCCUAUUCCCUAUAUAGUGGUACCCUAUUCCCUAUAUGAUGGCACCCUAUUCCCUAUAUAGUGGUACCCUAUUCCCUAUAUGAUGGCACCCUAUUCCCUAUAUGAUGGCACCCUGUUCCCUAUAUGAUGGCACCCUAUUCCCUAUAUGAUGGCACCCUAUUCCCUAUAUGAUGGCACCCUAUUCCCUAUAUAGUGGUACCCUAUUCCCUAUAUGAUGGCACCCUAUUCCCUAUAUGAUGGUACCCUAUUCCCUAUAUGAUGGCACCCUAUUCCCUAUAUAGUGGCACCCUAUUCCCUAUAUGAUGGCACCCUGUUCCCUAUAUGAUGGCACCCUAUUCCCUAUAUAGUGGCACCCUAUUCCCUAUAUAGUGGCACCCUAUUCCCUAUAUGGUGGUACCCUAUGCCCUAUAUGGUGGUACCCUAUGCCCUAUAUAGUGGUACCCUAUUCCCUAUAUAGUGGUGCCCUAUUUGAUGGCACUAUAUUCCCUAUAUAGUGGCACCCUAUUCCCUAUAUGAUGGCACCCUAUUCCCUAUAUAGUGGUACCCUAUUCCCUAUAUGAUGGCACCCUAUUCCCUAUAUAGUGGCACCCUAUUCCCUAUAUGAUGGCACCCUGUUCCCUAUAUAGUGGCACCCUGUUCCUUAUUUUCCCAUAUUCUCUAUUCCCCUAUAAUGCCAAUAGGGUCCCAUUUGGGACGCACAGUUUGACUGGUUAAAUAUGGACGGUUUCCUUUAGUUGGUAAUGUAGGCGUCAGGGAUGCCCGUUUUCACCCUCUAACUCUGUUCUUCAAAGGGCUGAGGGUUGUGGAUGUUAUAUAUAAAUUAUAUAUUUAUAAUUAUAAUAUAUAUAUAUAAAACACAUUUCUGCUGGUUAUAUGUUUUUCUUUUCAGAUGCUAUUGUUGUUAAUGAAUCCAAUGCUAUAAGCUUUUUCACACUGCAGUGAUCUUAGCCCCAGGCUAAGACUGACCCUGGACUAGCUUAUCCUGUCUUCGCGGUUCACACAAGCUUUCAGUGAUGAAUUGUUUAAACCUCGCUGUCCGCCUGCCUGCCUGACCUCGGAUAAACUGUUUCACUUUUGAAAUGCGAUCUCGCGCCCCUCUACAGAGAAUUCUGUGCACAGACGAGACAUCAACUUUUCUGAUCCAGGCGAAAUCAUGCAACGAUAUUUUAUUGUCAUGGAUAGCCAUAAUCCAAGUACAUGUCUAUGAAAACAGAGGAAAGAGCUUGAUGUCAUUUUUCUUUUCAGAUGCUAUUGUUGUUAAUGAAUCCCCCCUCUUCCAGCUGUAGAGUUCGUGGCUUCGGUUGGCUAGCUAAGUGAGAAGAAGUUAGCCAGCCGGCAGAGCAACCAAUUUUUAUUAUUAUUUUUAUUAGCCAUAGAAACCAAAAUGUUUUUUGCAUAGAUGAAAGUAUUGUUUUUAUUUAUUUUUUAUUUUUGUCCUCUGAUAGAAGGAUGAAAUAGUAUAAAUGUAUUUAUUAAAAUGGCAGAACGCAUCACAAGCGUAUGUAAGUUAAGUGAAUGUGAUUGGACAGUAAAGAUUCUAUGUUAAGUGAAUGUGAUUGGACAGUAAAGAUUCUAUGCGUUGUUCUUGACCCGUUUUGGUCACUGGCUAUUUUGGCACCGUGUUUCUGGGGCCCUGAAAAGUCGUCUCUAACCCUGCUCUGGAACAGGGCCCGGCUGGGCUAAAAUCUGAAUAUUCGCUUAGGCCUGGGCUAAAAUCUCCCAUAGCCCAGGCCUGACGAGGCUCUUAGGCCUGGGAUAAAAUCUCCCAUAGCCCAGGCCUGACGAGGCUCUUAGCCCUGGGCUAAAAUCUCCCAUAGCCCAGGCCUGACGAGGCUCUUAGCCCUGGGCUAAAAUCUCCCAUAGCCCAGGCCUGACGAGGCUCUUAGCCCUGGGCUAAGGUUGGUGUGAAUAUUCGCUUAGGCCUGGGCUAAAAUCUCCCAUAGCCCAGGCCUGACGAGGCUCUUAGCCCUGGGCUAAGGUUGGUGUGAAUAUUCGCUUAGGCCUGGGCUAAAAUCUCCCAUAGCCCAGGCCUGACGAGGCUCUUAGGCCUGGGAUAAAAUCUCCCAUAGCCCAGGCCUGACGAGGCUCUUAGCCCUGGGCUAAGGUUGGUGUGAAUAUUCGCUUAGGCCUGGGCUAAAAUCUCCCAUAGCCCAGGCCUGACGAGGCUCUUAGCCCUGGGCUAAGGUUGGUGUGAAUAUUCGCUUAGGCCUGGGCUAAAAUCUCCCAUAGCCCAGGCCUGACGAGGCUCUUAGCCCUGGGCUAAAAUCUCCCAUAGCCCAGGCCUGACGAGGCUCUUAGCCCUGGGCUAAGGUUGGUGUGAAUAUUCGCUUAGGCCUGGGCUAAAAUCUCCCAUAGCCCAGGCCUGACGAGGCUCUUAGCCCUGGGCUAAAAUCUCCCAUAGCCCAGGCCUGACGAGGCUCUUAGCCCUGGGCUAAGGUUUGUGUGAAUAUUCGCUUAGGCCUGGGCUAAAAUCUCCCAUAGCCCAGGCCUGACGAGCCUCUUAGCCCUGGGCUAAAAUCUCCCAUAGCCCAGGCCUGACGAGGCUCUUAGCCCUGGGAUAAAAUCUCCCAUAGCCCAGGCCUGAUGAGGCUCUUAGCCCUGGGCUAAAAUCUCCCAUAGCCCAGGCCUGACAAGGCUCUUAGCCCUGGGAUAAAAUCUCCCAUAGCCCAGGCCUGACGAGGCUCUUAGCCCUGGGAUAAAAUCUCCCAUAGCCCAGGCCUGACGAGGCUCUUAGCCCUGGGAUAAGGUUGGUGUGAAUGCAUCUUUUCUAUGUGAAAGUUGGAACAAAUGUGUGUUCUUUCAAUCACAAAAUCUCCUUUUGUCAUUAAAGAUUUUUUUUCUUUUCUCUCAACUAUCUCAGUCAUUGUUUCUCUUGUUUUGUGCCUCGUUCUGUCUGUUUCUAUAUAUUGUUAUUCUGCCUCCUCACUGAUACUUUAAAAAAAAAAUCAUUGUAUCUUCCUAAGUUUCCUGUACGUUUCUAGCUUUGACAUGACAACAAGUGUUCUAAGGCAGUAUUAGUAAAGCCACAUUACUACCGGGCUGUGUUUAUAAGGCUGUGUUUGUAAUGUGUUCAGUACAAAAUGUAAUCCAACUCCUCAUGCCUUUUUUUUUUAAAGGUUUGAUGCAUAUUAAAAUAUCUAUGAAUUCAUUA